UUACCAGAUUUCAGGCAUCUGUUUCUUUCGUACCAAAAACAUAUUUUUUUCUUUUCCUUUAAAUUAUUUACACACAAGAAAAAAGUUUUAGAUCAAAACAAAGAAGCAAGCGGUAAAAUGUUUUUGAUAACAAUAAUAAAACAGCUUUUCUUUGGGGUUGUUUUAGUAGCUGAGAGUACAUAGGAAAACGAGAUGGAUAGUAACAAUGAAGCCUUCUCUUUUUCUUCUUCUUCUUCUUCUUCUUCGGCUUUGUGAUUGUACAUACUUUAAUCUCUUGCUUUUGUUUUUGCUUCUGGGGUUGCUUCAGCUUCUGCAGAAAUAUCAAUGGCUCAGUAUAUCUGUGUAUUUAACAAGGAUACUCUCAUCAUAAAGCCUCCUAAGAAAUCUCUGUUGUUCUUAAGGACAAUUGUUUUAUUGUUUGCUAUGGUGUGUGGUGUUUAUAUCUGUACAAUCUGUUUAAAGCAGAUAAGUACUGUCACCAAGAUCAAAUUUCAGAACAUCCUAGUCAGUGAAAGGCCGUCUCCAGAUAGUAACAUUAUUAAACAAUUAGAAGCUCAAAUUCCCACCUUGCAUUAUCCUAAGCCUGAAAGUUUUAGCAGGGGUGAAUGCACUCAGAAUCCGGUACGGUUCUUUGCUAUAGUAUCAAUGCAAAGGUCUGGAAGUGGCUGGUUUGAGACUUUGCUAAAUAGUCAUAUUAAUGUAAGCUCAAAUGGGGAGAUAUUCUCUGUAAUGGAUAGGAGGAAAAAUAUUUCGACUAUUAUACAGACUUUGGAGAAAGUUUACAAUUUAGACUGGCUCACUAGUGCUUCCAAGAAUGAGUGCUCUGCUGCAGUUGGCUUCAAGUGGAUGCUGAAUCAGGGAUUGAUAGAGCACCAUAGAGAAAUAGUAGAAUACUUCAAUAAUCGGGGUGUUUCUGCCAUAUUUCUCUUCCGAAGAAAUUUGCUUCGAAGGAUGGUUUCAGUGCUUGCAAAUUCGUAUGAUCGCUAUGCUAAGCUAUUAAAUGGAACCCACAAGUCUCAUGUUCAUUCACAGGAAGAGGCUGCUGUUCUUUCAAGUUACAAGCCAAUAAUCAAUUCUACAUCAUUAAUAAGUGACCUGAAAGAAAUGGAGAUGGCUGCUGGGAGGGCUUUAGAAUACUUCAAUAGCACCCAUCACAUGGUUUUGUACUAUGAGGAUCUUGUCACAAACCAGACGAAACUAAAAGAUGUUCAAGAGUUGCUAGGCCUUCCACAGAUGGAAUUAACGAGUCGCCAGGUCAAAAUACACAAAGGUUCAUUAUCUGAUUUUGUGAGCAACUGGGAUGAUGUGAACAAGACACUAAAUGGGACGGAAUACGAGAGUUUCCUCCGUGCUGACUAUGAAUGACUCCUUUGCUAACAAAAAGAAUGGUGUAGACUGUAGAUACCUUCUUCAGCUAAUUUUUAUUGCUGAAGCUGACAGGACAUUCACUGUGUUUGAAAAUUUUGGCUGCCAUGAAGGCAUGGUGUUCAUCAUGCUGGCAACACUCAGGUGAUCAAUACCGUGUUGAGCCCUGUAACACUUCUUUUCUCUUGAUUUGAAUUUUAUUGAUCAGAUAGACGGCUUGUACAUGUCAGCUAAUGGCAAUUUGGGUGAAUCAAUUGUUCAUCCUUCAAUUAGUGGUUUUUUCCCUUUUUGUCCAUCAGGAUUCUGUUUUUUUGUACUACAGUAUUGGUUCUUGCUUUUGAGUUUCUCUCUUAGUGUGCCACACGCACUCACACAUGAA